GAAAUCGUCGAGACACAGUUAGAAACCAGCUGGUAACAAGAAACAUUCAGGGUGUGAAGACAUGAGCGUCAAGAUGGAGGGAGAGAUGGAGGAUCAGCGCAGACUGCUGGGUUUCACUCGGAUCCCGAAGAUCAUCUUACAGCGGAUAGGUACGAAACAGCUUCACCUUCACUGAUAAUAUGAAGCUUGUCGUGAAAACUGGUCUGAGGAGGUGAGAUCUGUCCAGGUUCACGCAGAAAACAGAUCAUAAUGGGCCUGAGAGACUGAAGUGAUCUUGUUGAUUAUGGAAAAAUGUAUCAUAUCAAAGUAUUAAUGAUUAUGAAGUAAGUUCUGAAGUUGAUUGUUGAAAAAUAUAUAAACCAGUUAAACAAUGAAGUAUAAUCACACUGAAUCAAAAGUAAUGAGUACUAAGAAGUAAUGAUUGAAGAAAUAUAUAAAAAAUAAUUAUGUUGAUGAGUUGUAUGUCUGUAUAAGCAUAUAAGCAAAUAAGUAAAGAGUAUAGGGACAAUCUUUGGGUGCAGAGACAAACCGACAUGUUCUGGUAAUGGGAGGAGAGGCCUGGUCUGAAUGUAUUCUGGGAAAUCAGCCAGGAACCUUUAAUGUAAUCACACCAGAGCAAAGGGAGCAACUGAUGACCAAAUAUGGAGGGGCAAGGAGUCUGGUAUGAGGUAAUCACAUGCUUGGGAAAUCAUGUAAUCUGCUCCCCAUACACAACUGUGGAAGAAAAGAGUAUAAAUAAACUGAGAAACAGAGCUGGGGGUUCUUCAUCUUCAGCAAGUGGAACGAGCAACAGCGGGCCAAGGAAUCAACGAGGGAGCUUCACCCCAGACCCAGAGGGAGGACAAUCUGCACUUCGCUGGAAGAAAGACGGGACCCGACGCCCAACAACUCUGGUUCCUAAUUUGACUGAAGCUCCACACUCAACCCAAAAGAUCUCAAGAAUCACUACAACGGACUUGGGGACUGGACAAAGAUCACAAAAGUGAUGAAGAUUUGGGAUGUUUGAAAGAUAACUACCAACUCUGCUUUGUUCCUGUUCGGAUGAGGAUUUGUCAUGUCAAGACAAGAUUCUGCCCAAGAACAUUAACACUUCUGUUGCUGAGCUCCCCUGUCAUCUGGAGUGUGAAGACAUGAGCGUCAAGAUGGAGGAAGAGAUGGAGGAUCAGCGCAGACUGCUGGGUUUCACCCGGAUCCCGAAGAUCAUCCUACGGCGGAUAGAUCGCCAACAUUUUUCUGUGUGUAAAGACGACGGGAUUUUAAAUGACCUCAGCAACAAGGAGGGAAAUUCCACCUUAAAACAAGAGGAACCAGAACUUUUGCAGAUAAAACAGGAGCAAGAAGGACCAGAACAUCAACAGUUCAAAGAGGAAGAGAAGCAACUCGGCAUGAGGCAGGAUGAAGAGCAUCUUGUGCUGAAACAGGAGACUGAUGACAUUUUGGUGAAUCCUCUAAAUGUGCAAAGAAUCUACAAUGAAACAGAACCACAGAGGAACCAACUCAUCUCUUCUGAAGAUGAGAACCAGGAUCCGGAAGGAAGCAAUUCUGAGGACUCAGGAAAAGAGAGAGAUGAAAAACAGAAACAGAGAUAUCAGAAAACCAAACAACGGAAAGGUAAAACUGUCAGUUCAAAACAAAAAACACACAGGGACGCUCAUUCAGACCAAAAACAAUAUUUUUGUAAAAUCUGUGAUGAAGCCUUUUCUCAAAGCAGUCCCUUGAUGACACACAUGAGAAUUCACACAGGUGAGAAGCCUUUCUCAUGUGUGACCUGUGGAAAAGUUUUUAUGACCAAAUCUCAGUUACUUAUUCACAUGAGGAUUCACACAGGUGGGAAGCCUUUCUCAUGUGAGACCUGUGGAAAAAGCUUUCGAGCCAAACGUGAUUUGCUUGUUCACAUGAAGAUUCACACAGGUGAAAAGCCUUUUUCAUGUGAAACCUGUGGAAAAGGUUUUAUAACUAAAUAUAAGUUACUUGUUCACACGAUGAUUCACACAGGUGAGAAGCCUUUCUCAUGUGAAACCUGUGGAAAAAGAUUUCGAAAGAAAUCUGUUUUGCUUGUUCACAUGAUGAUUCACACAGGUGAGAAACCUUUCCCAUGUGAGACCUGUGGAAAAAGCUUUCGAGCCAAACGUGAUUUGCUUGUUCACAUGAAGAUUCACACAGGUGAAAAACCUUUCUCAUGUGAAACCUGUGGAAAAGAUUUUAGAACUAAAUGUCAGUUACUUGUUCACAUGAUGAUUCACACAGGUGAGAAGCCUUUCUCAUGUGUGACCUGUGGAAAAGUUUUUAUGACUAAAUCGCAGUUACUUGUUCACAUGAGGAUUCACACAGGUGAGAAGCCUUUUUCAUGUGAAACUUGUGGAAAAGGUUUUAUAACUAAAUCUAAGUUACUUGUUCACACGAUGAUUCACACUGGUGAGAAGCCUUUCUCAUGUGUGACCUGUGGAAAAUUUUUUAUGACUAAAUCUCAUUUACUUGUUCACAUGAGGAUUCACACAGGUGAGAAGCCUUUCUCAUGUGGGACCUGUGGGAAAAGCUUUCGAUUGAAAUCUGUUUUGCUUUGUCACAUGAUGAUUCACACAGGUGAGAAGCCUUUCUCAUGUAGGACCUGUGAAAAAAUGUUCAGUCAAAAAAAUGAUUUCACUUUUCACAUGAGGAUUCAUACAAAUGAGAAGGCGUUUUCUUGUGAGAGUUGUGGAAAAAGUUUCCAUUUUCAAAGCAAUUUAACUAGACACAUGAGAAUUCAUACAGAUGAGAAACCUUUCUCAUGUGAGACCUGUGGAAAAAGUUACAAAGACAAAACAAAUUUAAUUGGCCACAUAUGGACACAUACAAAUGAGAAACUUUUCACUUGUGGGACCUGUGGAAAAAGGUUCAUCCAGAAACAGUAUUUAACUUCUCACAUGAGGAUUCAUACAAAUGAGAAAGCAUUUUCUUGUGAGACUUGUGGAAAACGUUUCCAUUGGCAAAGCAAUUUAACUGGUCACAUGAGGACUCACACAGGUCAGAAACCUUUUUUAUGUGGGACUUGUGGAAAAGGCUUCAGUGAUCAGAGCAAUUUAAUUUCUCACAUGAAGACUCAUACAGAUGAAAGGUCUUUCUCAUGUGCAACCUGUGGCAAAAGUUUCCGUUGUAAAAUCAAUUUAACUCAUCACAUGAAGACUCAUACAGAUGAAAGGCCUUUCUCAUGUGCGACCUGUGCCAAAAGUUUCCGUUGUAAACGUAGUUUAACUGAUCACAUGAAGACUCAUACAGAUGAAAGGCCUUUCUCAUGUGCGACCUGUGCCAAAAGUUUCCGUUGUAAACGUAGUUUAACUCAUCACAUGAAGACUCACACAGAUGAAAGGCCUUUCUCAUGUGCGACCUGUGGCAAAAGUUUUCGUUACAAAAGUAGUUUAACUGAUCACAUGAAGACUCAUACAGAUGAAAGGCCUUUCUCAUGUGCGACCUGUGGCAAAAGUUUUCGUUACAAAAGUAAUUUAACUCAUCACACUCAUAAAAGAAGAACGGCCUGUGUGAGUACCAAUGCCUUGAGGGAGGACCGACUCAAUUAUCAUGCCUUGGUACCUUUUGUACCCUCAAGUGGCUUGGUACCUUUGGUACCCUCAAGUGGCUUGGUACCUUUGGUACCCUCAAGUGGUUUGGUACCCUCAAGUGGUUUGGUACCUUUGGUACCCUCAAGUGGUUUGGUACCCUCAAGUGGCUUGGUACCUUUGGUACCCUCAAGUGGCUUGGUACCUUUGGUACCCUCAAGUGACUUGGUACCUUUGGUACCCUCAAGUGACUUGGUACUUGAGGAUACCAAGACACAAUAACUCACAGUUUGGAAGCAGAGUAAUUACAUUUGGGUAACAUUUUUAUAAUAUAGCUGCCUGGAGAAGAAAAGCAUUUAAAAUAGGAAGUUUAUCCAAAACACAAGACUUUCAG